UGAAAUCGAAUCGAAACUCAAGACUGGAAGAUUUGAAAUCCGAGAUACAGAAACUUGAGUACAUGUAUUCCCGCAAAACAAGUUAGCCUGGCUUAGGUAUGAAAUUCCUAACGGUGCCGAAUUGUACUGAAGUGGAUUUUACAAGCUGCGUUUGGCCCUAUCUUCCGCAAUUUUUGCAUCGAAGUCGGCUUCUAUACAGGUGAGGUACUAGCUUUUAGGAAUCCAUCAACCAAGAUGAUGGCACAACACAAACGGAAGUUAUGGCCAGACGAUAUAAUACUUAUUUCAUGCUUGAGUUAAGAUGUUAGGUACCUCGCGUCGUUCACAUUAGUACGGUUUUAAAAUUUUUUUUUCGAUGAGUCUCGGCCAUGAAGGUAACAAAGGAAUUCCACUUCAUCGGGCAGCUGCCCUGGGUUGCAGACGAGAUGUGGAACAACUGAUUCUCUCCGGUACGAAAGUAGACGUGCAGACAAGGCGCGGACGCACUGCACUUCAUUACGUCUCGGAGAAUGGGAACGCAGAUAUUUUAGCGCUGUUAAUAAAGUUCGGAGCAAAAGUCGACCUUCCCAACAAGUGGGGAAGGACUGCUCUUCACUAUGCGGCCAGUAAAUACAGGUUGGAUUGCCUGCAGAUCCUUCUAAAAGGGGGAGCAGACCCGAAUAAACAGGAUGUAGACCGUCAGACUCCGCUGUUUCACGCAAUAGCUGCCUCAGAAGGGUCACAAAAAGAAGAUUGCGUUAGGAAGACUCUUUUGCUUUUGAUUUCGGGUGGUGCAAAUGUGGACAUUCCAGACAAAAGUGGAAUUACUCCUCUCCACAUAGCAGCCGAACUCGGCGACAGUAAGAUCUGCGUCGACUUGAUCAAGCAAGGAGGGGCACGUGUGGAUGCAAGAGACCAACAUGGGGCUACUCCCUUACACUACGCCUCUUACCACCAUCGUAGGGCUGUGGUGAAAGCUCUACUCUCGCUUGGGGCUUGCUCUGCUAUCCUAGACAACGCGGGCCUCUCGGCAAAAUUCUAUAUGAAGAAACGGAGAUACAUAACCAAUUCAGAAGUGCCGAUCUCCCCGGAAAACGUUUUGCUGCAAUAUCCAAGUAAAGAAUCGAGAGAGACGUUGAAUGGUCGUGUGGAAAAUAUGGACAGUCCUUGUUUUGAAAACGUCGUAGAUGAUUUUGGAAAGUCUCAAGUUGAAAGGUAUUUGCAUUUCGAAAUGAAUUAUGACCCACUCUUCACCAGUGGUGUGACAGAGAACGCUUCUUUAAGCUCUUUGCUCAUCCGAUUGAACGAGACUGAGGGUUUGGGACUAGUCGAGCGGACACCGGAAGUGGAGUUAGUCGAACAGGACAUCAGGUUUUAUAUCGAAACUGCUCUAGGAGGCAUGGUUCGGGUGCAUCCAAAGUUCACUUACAAGCUUGUACAAGCGGGCAGCACUGUGGAAAACACUAAGGUUGGCGAACCCGAUGAGGUUGAUUAUAUGUGCAUUCUUACAGAACUUUCGAAAGCAUGUUAUGUUUGCGAGUGUCCCAAUGAUCCCCCUGGAUAUUUGAAAAUACGUAUAAACGACCGAGAGGAAGACUUGUGGAAUGAUUUCCUGGAUGAAGCUGGUUAUCUGAUUGCAGAGAGGCUACAUAUCCACUUUCAUUCCCUUUUUGACAGACACUCCGAGGAAGCUGACCUCACUGCAAUGUCCACUCGAUUACACAAGCUUCGAAACUACAAUAGCGGCCGGAACAGCGUUGGUGUUACUGUGGAUAACUCUCAGACUAAGCCCGGGUCGCGGUUGUUCUUCCUGUGGCGUGGAUGUCACUUUAAGUGGAUGAUAGUAACAGUCGAUCUUAUUCCUACAAUAGAAAUCAUCGGUUGGCCUAACAGUGCCCUUGUACCUGCAGAAAAAGGAUUUGAAUACUACCAUGUCAUACCCAAAGUUUCGCCAACAAUUCAGAACAGUCCGUCUGCUUCCCUGUAUUGGCGAAUUUCGACUUCCAUGGCCGAGAAACAGAUCAUAAGCAAACUAACAAGCCCCGCACGCGCUUGUUAUACAAUAUGCAAGUCUCUCAAGCAAUGUCCAGAUCUGGACGUGUUAUUUCACGAAAAUGCAACUCGGGCUAACACUGAUGAACUGCAUAUGCUAUCAGAAACUCUACAUAAAUUACGGUUGUAUGAUGGGCUUAUCAACUCUUAUCUGAUCAAGAUGAUCUUUUUUCGAGAAAUCGAGAAUCGUAAAGUGACGUCAGGUUGGAGUUGGCAGACUGUCGGAAACUGGGUGCUACAUAUACUUGUCAGAUUGCUGGAAGAGUUAAAACGAGGCUUUGUUUCGUCGUAUUUUCUCCGAAAUUAUAACGUGUUGAAUGUUGAAGGUUUGAUCUAUUCUGUCAAUGAGCAUGUACAUUCAGUGGACGAGAAUAAUCUCGAUUCCCAGCGGCAACAAAUGCUGCAAAACAACAAGCCGUAAUUACCGCUCCGACUUUAUGAUGUUUAUUGACUCCACAUUACGUUUUAACUUUGUUCAGAUUAACCCUUUAACUCCCACGAGUGACCAAGACAGAAUUUCUCCUUACCAAAUAAAAAUGAUUUAAAAAAUAAUAAUAAAAUAAAAUUUACUUGAACCUCCUCUUAGGCUCAGUAGUAUUCUAUUGAUUCCCCCUCAUUACGGAAGUCAGUUUUCUAUAGAGCCCCCAUCAUACUCUAAUAUAAUUGGCCAAUAUAUAUUUCCGUUUUAACGAUUAAAGAAAAAUUACAUCAAGAACUGUCUUCUCUGCAUGGCUAAAUUGUAUCGCUUUGAUGUGAUGGAGUAACGGAACCAGCGCUUGGUGAUUCUUGAU